AUGGGGCGGGCGCCGUGCUGCGACAAGGCGAGCGUGAAGAAGGGGCCGUGGGCGGCGGAGGAGGACGCCGUGCUCAGGGCCUACAUCGCCGCGAACGGUACCGGCGAAAACUGGAUCGCGCUCCCUCGCAAGAUCGGCCUGAACAGGUGCGGCAAGAGCUGCCGGCUGAGAUGGCUCAACUACCUCCGGCCCAACAUCCGGCACGGCGGAUUCACCGACGACGAGGACCGGCUCAUAUGCAGCCUCUACGCCAGCAUCGGGAGCAGGUGGUCGACCAUCGCCGCGCAGCUGCCGGGGAGGACGGACAACGACGUCAAGAACUACUGGAACACCAAGCUCAAACGGCGACUGCUCGGUGGCGGCCGCCGCGGGAUCAGGUACGCGUUGCCGCAGCCGCGCCUCAUCCUUGCCAGCCCGGCCGGCUACAGCGCCGCAUCGUCAUCGGCGCUCGAGAGGAUGCAGCUAAGCGUGCAGCGGCGCCACGGCAUCCCACAUGAAUCCAACCCCGGGUCGUUCACCUUCUACGGCAACCUCGCCGCACCACCGUGUCCGGCCCAGCAAUCUCUUCUUUCUCCUGCUGCCACCAGCUACGCAGGGAUCGGUACAGCUAGUGGCUGCUCCGGGUUCUGGUCGCAUAUCCAAACCAGUACCUACACGGGCCGCGUUAGCGUUGAAGACCAGGGAGCCGUCUGGGGCAGCGGCAGCACCACACCGCUCUCCACGAGCACCACCGGCGAGGCGGCAGCGGGCAUCGACAGCUCGAGCUCCACACCGACGGCGAGCUCCGUGACCUUUGGCGGCGACAUGGAGGAUGAGCUCGACAUGCUGCUCCGGCAGAUCAGCGGCUUCGAGGAGGGCAACAGCCAGCUUGUCGGCGGCGGGGCGGCAGCGGACGGCAGCGCUGGUUCUUGGAGCUCCUGUUCUACUCCUGGAGUAGACUCGGUGUUCCACGAGUAUGUACAACAAGGGUUCGGGCAGUAG